AAUCCUGAAUGAACUACAAAGAAAACAAUUUAUUGGGCAGAUAAAAAUGAGUAAAAUACCUCUCAGUGUUUUGCUGUUUCUGUUCGGCAACCUGCUCUCUUCUUCCGUUGUCCACGCCAUAGUCAAUGUUACUGGCAACAAAACGCAAUACUUCAAAGUGGGUAGUGACAGAAAUUCGGAAAAAGACUGUGAUCGGGGGUGGCCUCACUGUAAGCAACCAAUAACUGCUCAGCGAUCAUCUCUUUUGCCUGUUGAAGCAGAGGUUUUGAUAUUUGAAGACCUGAGGCUUUCAGUGGUGUACCCUGUGAUUCAAAAAUUCAAGUCAAUUAUCUCCUCGGAUCCUCAAGGAAUCACUAAAACAUGGGUUGGAUCGGAUAUAUGCAACUACAAAGGUUUUUACUGUGACAACCCACCCGACAACAAGUCGGCCACGGCUGUUGCAUCCAUAGACUUCAAUGGCUUCCAACUCGGUGCACCAUCCCUCGAAGGCUUCCUCGAUCAGCUCCCUGACAUUGCUGUGUUUCAUGCCAAUUCCAACAAAUUUGCAGGCACCAUCUCCACGAACAUUGCCAAGCUCCCUUAUCUAUACGAGCUGGACGUGAGCAACAACAGAUUAUCUGGUCCUUUUCCUACUGCUGUUGUUGGUUUGAACAGCCUAACCUUCUUGGACCUUCGGUUCAAUUUCUUCACUGGGUCAGUCCCACCUCGACUCUUCGCGCAGGACUUUGAUUUUCUCCUGAUCAACAACAACAAUCUCAUGCAAAAUCUCCCAGACAGUCUUUCCAGCACCCAUAUUCUCUAUCUCACCUUAGCCAACAACAAAUUUAGCGGUUCAAUUCCAGUCGGUAUUGUGGAAGCUUUGUCAUCUCUAACUGAGGUUCUGCUGGUAAACAACUCCUUAUCAGGGUGUUUGCCUUAUGAAUUAGGAUCACUUGACGAAGCAGUUGUAUUUGAUGCCGGCAACAACCGUUUAACAGGACCAUUACCCUUCUCCUUGGCUUGCCUAAAGAAAGUGGAGCAAUUGAACUUCGCUGGAAAUCUACUGUAUGGUAUGGUGCCGGAAAUGGUUUGCGCGCUUCGAAAUCUGAUAAAUCUAUCUUUGUCGGACAACUAUUUCACUGUUGUUGGGCCUCUGUGUCGGAUUUUGAUAGGGAGAGGAGUAUUAAAUAUUAGAAACAAUUGCAUUCCAGAUCUGCCUUUCCAGAGACCAAUAGUUGAAUGUGCAAAAUUCUUAGCAUUUCCCAGAGUUUGCCCUCGCAUGUGGACUUAUACUCUAAUGCCCUGCAUGUUUACCUCUAUUAAUCCCCCAAUUACUUCCAUUCCCAAAUAUCAGCCACAUUUUCCCUAAAUUUGAUC